AUUUUUAAUUUAAAGGUGCGAAGCCUCUGGUGUCAUCCGCUUCCUGUUAUUUUGGGUGUACAAUAACAACGCGUUAUCAUCCUAUUCGUUUUCAACUCGGAGUUUAACAACUAUAACGUGAACAGGUCAAUGAUAAGCUUCAAUCAGCGACAACAUAAUAUAAUUUAGAGUAAGGAGAACAGGUUUGUUUACUAGACUGUUGUUUGAUUAGAGGGAGCUCGACGCGACGCGUUCGCCUGUGGAUUUACUGAAGCAGCGUUUCAUUAUUUCUUCAUAGAGAAAGGUAAAAAAGCAUCCAGUUUUUAUGGCAUCCAGCACUCACAACGCUUCACUCGCUUCUAAUUUAACAGAAGAGCAAAGAAAGCAGCUCUGUGGUUUGCUGGGGAAUGUGGAGCUGACUCUUCUCUACAAAGCUUCAGUCCAUGGAUAUAAAGCUUCUGCCUUCCAUCAGCGAUGUGACCGUCAGGGUCCCACCUUACUUGUAGCCUACAACCGUUCAGGCUACAUCUUUGGUGGAUAUACUAGUGUAGAUUAUACUCAAAGUGGUCAGUAUAUUACUGACGAGGAAGUUUUCCUGUUCAGCUUUCAAGGCAAGAUCCCUGUGUGCAUCAAAAUGAACAGCGGCUAUAAUGCACGCGUCGAUGACGGUGAAGGGCCCAACUUUGGUCAACAGGUGUACUUUUGCUACAAUAAUCAACCAGUAGUGUAUAAUUCUGGAGCCAGUGCAUUCAGUGUUAACCCAGCAACAAUGUAUGGGAACGACACUCGACUGAGUGAAUGUGAGGUGUACAAAGUGGAGCAAAGCUGUGCAGUCAGUUCUGAUGAGAAGCCUUGGAGGAACGUCCUUUGGAAAGCUGAACGAAAAGACAAGCUCAUGGGAUUGAUCAGGAAUUAUAAACCCCUGGUGACGUCUGUGAGUCGGGUCAGAAUCCUAAUGAUCGGUCCUGUAGGUGCUGGGAAAUCCAGUUUCUUCAACUCCAUCAACUCCAUCUUCAUGGGCCGCAUUACCAGCAAAGCCAUGUCAGGAUCUGCAGGCACUAGUCUCACCACACAGUUUCGUACAUAUCCAGUGAAAGACGGUCGUGAGGGAAAGCCAUUGCCGUUUGUGUUGUGUGACACCAUGGGACUCGAGGAGCAAACCGGUGCAGGACUGGAUAUUGAGGACAUCAGCAGCAUUCUUCAAGGUUGCGUACAAGACCGCUAUAAAUUCAACCCAACAGCACCGUUUCAACCUGCUGAACAAAAGGCCUCCAAACCUGCAUCUCUACAGGAGAAGAUCCACUGUGUGGUGUAUGUGAUAGACGCCACCAAAAUGUCCCUCAUGCCUGACAAACUACAGGAAAAACUUACUUCUGUACGCAGAAAAGUGAACUCACUGGGCAUUGCUCAGAUCGUCUUGAUGACAAAAGUAGAUGAAGCAUGUCCUCUAGUGGAGAAGGACCUUCAAAACAUUUAUCUCAGUCCUUACAUCAAGUCAAAGGUGCAGGAGGUGAGCUCUCGGUUGGGUGUGCCGGUGUCUUGUGUGUUACCGGUGAAGAACUACAGUCAGGAGCUGGAGCUGGAGCUCAACUGUGACGUCCUGCUGCUCACCGCUCUACAACAGAUGCUCAACUUUGCAGACGACUAUCUGGACGAUGUCUGUCCCUUGGAGGACAAACCCAAAUAAAGUGCUACCGUUAUUAUAUAUACAAGUCAUAUAUAAUGGGAGUAGAGAAUAGAAUGUAGCAGAAAAUAUGAAAUAUGUAUAUGGUAUAGGUACGGGUAUAUGGUCAACUGAGUAAUUUUAUGUUAAUUUUUAACAAUAAGGUCACUUAGGUUAUUAUACUAUAUUGCGUCAAAUAAUAACCACCCAGUCAGCUUUAAAAAUGUAAUACUGAAAUGUUAACAGUAUUUCUGGGGUGAUGAAAAGACCAUUUAGGAAAAAUGUUUGUAUUGAAACUUCACUAAUAUCCUCGCUAUUAAACCGUUCUGACUGAG